AUGGUGAUGGAACGCACUAGUGGCGAUCGGGCGGCGAGCCCUGCCCUAGCCCCGCGGACCGAUGAUACAUCCUCGCUUGGUGCUGAAUCUGUUCUUGCCCGUUCAAACUUGUCGGGCAUCCUUGUAGGUGAGUUCUUAGGACCCCAUCGGCAUGCGCCGGGCGGCGCAUCGUCGCCAACGGGUCGUGACAGUGAACAUACUCCCUUGCUUGGCGCUGAGGCUGCACCGACACCUGGCCAUGGUAUUGUUCAACCCUCGAUUUCCAGUAUGGGGAAUGCGUCCGGUUUCGGUACAAUUCGUCCUCCAUCGCAUACGGUGUGGACGUCGCCAGACGAUCCUACCUGGGAUGUCUCUGAUGAAGAAGAUGAAUACGAAUUCCAACAUGAACCGCUUCGCCACGAGAUCAAAGCACUUCUGCGAUUCACCAUGCCGAUCUGUGCAACCCACAUUUUGGAAUUAAGUCUUUCGGUGGUAUCUGUGCUUAGUCUCGGUCAUUUAGGUACCGUGGAGUUGGCAUCGGCAUCCCUGGCCGGUAUGACAGCCAAUGUGACAGGAUUCAGCGUGAUUAGCGGUCUGAUUACUGCACUGGAUACGUUGCUGCCUGCCACCUUCACACGGAACCCGCGCAUGAUGGGGCUUUGGACGCAACGUGUCGGUGUCAUUAUUGCCCUGACAUUGCCUUGGAUCAUUCUUCUUUGGCUCAACGCUGAACGUUUCCUUCUGCAUUUGGGACAGGAGCCAGAAAUUGCGCACAAGGCGCGCCAGUUUCUUGCGAUCCUUGCUAUCGGCUUGCCAGGCCAUGCCAUCUUUGAGCUGUGCCGUCGGUACCUCCAAGCACAGGGCUUGAUGCAUGCACCUACCAUUGUGUUGCUGGUUGUUUCACCCAUCAACGCCCUUGCCAACUUCCUGCUUGUAUGGGGCCCCGAAUCUAUUCGCCUCGGCUUCCUUGGCGCGCCUUUGGCCAGUGCAUUGUCCAUGUGGCUUAUGGCCAUAUUGUGCUUCUUGCAAUGCACCUUGGUGUCGCAAGGGACGUGGGGUGGCUGGUCAUGGAAGGCUUUCGACUGGGAUGGCCUUAAAACGAGUGCCUCGCUCGGUUUUGCAGGCUUGCUAAGCUUGGCAUCGGAAUGGUGGGCCUGGGAGAUUGUGGGUUUGGUCACAGCAGCACUGGGUACCACGGCGCUGGCAUCACAGUCCGUGCUGCUCAUUACAUCGUCAGUCACCUACCAACUCCCAUCAGGAGCCGCAGUGGCUGCCUCGGUACGUGUGGGAAACUUGCUUGGCGCUGGCAAGGCUCGACAUGCUCGAACAGCUUCUACGGCCGCCAUUUAUUUCUCCAUUUUUAUUGGUCUAGUCAACUCGUCCAUCGUGUUUUUCACGCGUCACCAAUUGGGAUUCCUCUUUAGCAGCGACAAGGAAGUGGUUCGUCUUGUCGCAACCGUCCUCCCUAUUGUGGCUUUGUUCCAAAUUGCGGACUGUAUCUGCGGUAUUGCUGGUGGUAUUUUGCGUGGUUGUGGCCGCCAGUCACUUAGUGCUAUCAUCAAUGUCACUGCCUAUUAUGCUGCAGGCAUUCCGACCGGACUCUUCCUGGCCUUUGGACCCUGGCACCUCGGACUUGCGGGUCUUUGGUGGGGUCUCACAUCGGCACUUAUUUACGGUGCUGUAUUCUCUCUAUGGUAUGUCCACCGUAUGGACUGGAUCAAAAUUAUGCACCAAAUUCACCAUACUAUGCAUGAUGGCAGCAUGGAAGCUUGA